AUAUUAAUAAGAGAGAGGAAGAAGGAAAGAUAUGAACCACCAUGCAGUUCUUGUGCCGCAAUCCAGAAAGAGGGAGAAUUUUUGUAAACCAGUUUGUGUGAUAUCACUGAGUUUCUUCAGUGAGAAUGGGUCCUAGAACCCUAGACUCACUCCUGGACUGUCAGAUCUCUGUGAAGCUAACCCUAAGACUUUAGGAAAAACAUCAUGAAUACAAACAUGUGCAUGAUAAACGUCAUCACCCGUCAGACAACAGCUGACGCCAGUGAACCAGAUGCUGAGAUUGACCAAGGUUUCAUAGUCCCACAAGGCCAUAGGGAAAUAACCAUCCAAGAUCAUGAUGGCCGGCCACUACACCUCAUCACACAAGUGAGCUCGGAGAUGCUUCCUGGGGUUCAGACUGUCUGCGAAAUACCUGUGAAACAUGAGGUACAUUCAGUGGCGGUUGAUUCUGCAACUUUUUUUCCUUCCUCUGUGAAUGUUCCUGUGGCGAGUGGUUCUGCUGCUCAGUAUAUGGAAAGCAGUUUGAGAUUGACCCAGCCAAAAUACACUGAAGAACCCUUAAGAAGUGUGGCACCGCCAGCUAGCAUGGGUUCUGGCACUCCACCUACAAACCAGGCUAGUGGGAACCUUUUUGUGUGUGAAUGUGGACAGAGUUUCAGUCAGAGAAGUGGUCUUAAAACACACAUGAAAGUUCACACUGGUGUUAAGCCAUUUCAGUGCAACAUCUGUAAUAAGAGAUUUGCCCAUAAGCAGAAUAAGAAGUUUCACAUGCGACGACACACAGGAGAGAGACCCUAUAAAUGUGACAGAUGCGACAGGGCCUUCAUCUGUGUUGCAUUGCUUAAUCGGCACAAGAGAGAACAUGAAGGAAAUUAUGCGUUUAAAUGUAAUAUCUGUGAUCAAGGCUUCCUCCUGAAGAGAAACUUUGUAGAACACAUGAAUGCCCACACAAAUACAAGACCUUUUCAUUGCAAUGCAUGCAAUAAGAGUUUCAGUAGACGAGAAGCCCUGCGUGUCCACAAGAAAAUGCACACUGGUGAGACUCCAUAUGUGUGCAAAGAAUGUGGUAAGGCUUUUCCAUUGCGCACAAGGCUGGAGAUUCACAUGAGACGACACACAGGGGAGACACCAUACAUGUGCCUGGACUGUGGGAAGGCUUUCUACACAAGCCCACAGCUUAAUGACCAUCAGCGUAGGUAUCAGGGUACUUGCCAAGACUUAGAUUACAAGUGCCAGGAAUGUGGGCUAAGUUUCAAAAAGCAAUGCGGGUUAUCAGCCCACAUGCGUAUCCAUCAAGAGGAUGUGAAGAAAAAUUCUUCAUCAUGUGACCAGUGCAAGCAAGAAAUUUCCUCUCAACGUCAUCGUUGCAAGCCACCUCUAGCGUCUUCCAAAGGGGAGGUGGCUAGUGCAGUGAAAUCCAGUGAAAUCCCAAGCCAAAAGAACACGUCAGACAAUCCCAUCGUUCAGCAAAAAUUUAAGUGUGACUCAUGCAAUAAGGCUUAUACAUCCCUUCACAGUCUAAAGAGGCAUUUUAAGACUCACUCACACAACAAGGAGAUGCAAAAGAUCAAAACAACAGGAACCAGUGGAGAAAACAACGAAGAAAAGUCGUAAACUAGAGGAACCAGGAAAUAUUUUUGUAAUCUUUGUUUUAGGUUCUAUGACUUUCACAACAUCUAAUCAAAAUUUCAGUUCAAUAUGUCUCAUCUUUUUAAAUUGUGCUGACGAAUACAUUUAAUUUUUGACACAGAACUAAGUUUUGUGAUCUGUUACUUGAAGAGAGUCAACUUGUAUGCAUUUCUGACAAUCCCUAAUAUAACAGUUAAUUGUUAUUUAUUUAUUUAUUUUGAUAGCUUUUUAAUCUAGGAUUAAUUGCAUUUGGGUAGAGAGGUAAAACGUUACUAGUGUAUUUGUACUCCUGUUAAUGUUUGAAAUCAGAUUUAUUUAAUUUGUAAUUGGAAAUAUAUUCUUAUAUGAACUCAUUGCCACCAUG